AUGUCUGUAGAUCAGACAACCGUCCCCGUCCCCCCUGUUGUUCCAAAGGGCCUGCUGUUCGUUUGCCCCACAUGCUCAAAACGGUUCACCAGAAAAGACUACUUGACAAGACAUGAGCUCAACCACAACGAUGUCAAACCAUUCAAGUGCGAGCAGUGUAACUUGUCUUUCACACGAAGUGAUUUAUUAGCUAAACAUUUCCGAUCCAAGGCCCAUCAGCGAGCCCGCACCAAAAUUGAAGGAUCUUCCGCUACGAUCUUCAACCAAACCCCCAAGAUAAUAACGUCUCACAACAAUACCCUAACAAAUCCUUCUGCCAAAAACACUACUGAUAAAAUUACCAAUCUUACUACUGGUGCUACUACAAAAAAUACUAAUAAAAGCAGGGCAAAAAGAUUAUUCGAUCAGUCCAUCCAUCCAAUCAGUUCCUAUGCCUUAUUCAAUAAUGAUCUUAAAUCUUUCACCGAUCCCACAAGCAUUGGUUCAUUUUCCCCCCCUGCCUCAUUAUCAUCAUCGUCGCUAAAAUCCCCAUCAAUCACUGAUGAAUCAGAACCACAGCGCAAGAAAUUCAAAAGAUUGGGGAUCGCUAAUUUUUUAAAUGAUCAAGAUGAAAAAAUCCACGCGCCACCUCCCCAGCCCUCAAUCAUCCUUCCCUCAUUGUCCUUGGGUGCAACAUCGUCAAUGAUUCCCGGUACCAACAUUCAUAUGAAUUUCACGAACCGUGGGGAUAUCACCCCAAACAAUUCGCAAAUUGAUGUUGGAAUGAACACUCUUCAAGGAUCAUCAACAUCAACAUCAUCAACAUCAUCAUCAUCAUUGACAAAUCAAAACCCUUCGGGAAUACCUGAUAAAGGCAUCAACAAUCAUCAUCGUCAAUAUCAACCAGUCCACAAUGCGGGAGAUAACGGGGCCAGUAGAUUGCAGAAUUUUGUAUUCGACAGCAAUAAUCAGCAACCUAAUCAUUUAUUCCCUACUCCUCAUAAUAAUAAUAAUUCGGUAUUCAAUGCGUUUUCCCAAACCCCCGAUAUGGCUGGUGGGUUCAUUGAUAAUUUGUUAUGGCUAUUUAGCGAUGUAUCUCCAUUAACCGAUGGCAGUAUCAAUAAUAGCAUUGGUAAAAGCGUUGCCGCAAAUUCUGCGACUAAUUACAAUACUCCUUCUAUGCAAAGCAUGGAGAGAUCUAAUUAUUUCGAUCUCAAUCCCGUCGUUUAUAAAUCACCCGAUAAUUCCCUGACCGAGUCGUUGGUGAUUAAUAUUGACAACGCCACCAGAACCAGCAUCAUCAAUGUGUUUGCCACGGUAAAAGAAAUCAACAAUAUCCCAUUAUCAAGAUUUGACGAUUUUUUGGAUUUGUAUUGGUUCAAUUUUGCCCAAACUUUCCCGAUCAUCCAUAGACCAACUUUCAACCCCAAUACCGUCGACAUUUAUUUAUUGAUUAGCAUGUUAAUCAUUGGUAUGGCUUAUUCAUUGGAUAAGUUUGAGUACGAGCUUUCCAUAACCCUCAACAAAAAAUUCAGGAGAAUUAUCAAAGAUGUCGUCGAUGAAACUAUCGAACUACCUCUCCCGAUAAUUCAAUCUUUAGUACUCCAUAAUUUCUCUGCCAAGAACUACGGUGAUAUAAAAUUGACCCAGCUAGCCCUAAUAGACCAUGGCUCGAAUAUUUUGUACUUGAAAUUUAGCGGGAUGUUGGAUACUUUGACGGAGCCGGCAGUUUACCAGACAAGUGCCUGCCUGGAAAAAGAGAUUUCUGACCGAUGGCAUGAAUGGAUCUAUUAUGAGACUUGUAAAAGAACGGUGUUCUUUGAAUUUAUUUGUGAUACCCAGCACGUCACCUUCAGCAGAUUGAAAUUACUAUCGGCGUUCGACAUCAAAUUAGAACUACCGUGUACCGAUGAAGUGUGGUACGCUGCAAACCCUACGAAGUUCUUUGCAGAAUAUCAAAAGCAACCACAAGGAUUAUCUGAUAAAUUGAAGGUGGAGAUGCCAAUGGGGAGAGGCUAUAAUGCGGAAAUUACUAAAGAUGCAGAAAAUGAGAAAAAUCCUCCCCAUCAAAACAUUACACAACAAAAUAGAAGGUUCCCUAGUAAAAUUGGUCACGAACUGGCAGAAGGUGGUAAUAACAAUAAAAGUAACUCUAUUACUUCUACUACUACUACUACUACUACUACUACUAUUAUCAAUGAUAUUGGAAAUACCACCAGACCUGGUCAAGACCACCAUGCUUCAAAUAGCGCAGCUACAUUCACCCAUUCAAUUAAUAUGAUUAACAAAUGGCCCAGUUUCUUAUGGAGCUUGAAAUCGAUGAUGAUGGAAUACAAGGAAAACCAAAAGGAUUACUCCCUCAAUUGCUACUCGUUAUUUUCACGGUACAUCAUUCUCCACGGUCUAAUGCGUACUUGUUGGGAUAUGAGAUCUCAAGGUUUCCUUGACUUGGGGGUUGCCUCAAAGGAGAAAUUGAAUGAGUUUUUCAAAAAAUUGGAGCGGGCAUUUUUGAAUUGGAGAGGUUAUUUUGAUUUCCACAUGAGAUUAUACGAUACCCAAUCGCGGAAGAAAGAAACCAGGGCAACAACAACAACUUUGUCCAUCAAUAAUAAUAGUAAUAAUAAUAUCCAUGAUAUAGAUGGUCCGCUCCUGAAAUCCCAAGCCAAUGAGAUAAACCGAGUGUUUCUUAACAAUUACUCUCCUACUAAUGGCUCAUGGGCCAACCUUAGCUUCUACUAUACUGGGCUUUUCACACUUUAUGCCGAUAUCACCGCGAUCAAGAAAUUUGCCAGUGAAUGCAAAUCGUUCUAUACCAAGGACAGAAAUUCUACUUAUAAAGAUAUGAACGAAAUGGAACGUGAACUGAACCAAAUGCAUAUCAGACAAUGGGCCAGGUCCCUCAAUGGUGAACUAGCACUUGUUGAAGCCAGUAAGUUCUUGACCUUGGUGUUUAAACAUGAAGGGACGGUGAACACGUUUUCCCACGUUCCAGGAACCAUGUAUUUAGCGGCUAUUAUGAUUUGGUGCCUUGAGACCAAUAGAAAUUGUUCUAGUGUGCCGUCAUUGUUGACGACUUCCAAUGACCAACCGGAAAAAACCGAACAAAAAUUGUGUAUUAACAGUUUCCCCAACUACGUCGCCGGCCACCGGGUGACAAAAGAGGGUCAUGAUGCUGAUUAUUCUCGGUCAUUUUUCAAUUUCAACUUGAACGCCAACAAGUAUUUCGACAUUUAUGGCUCUGUGAAACAUGAACUCGCAUGUGAAGAUGCGGUCCUGUACUUUGAAAUGGUAAUUGAUGGACCGGGAUGUAUGGCUGGUUCCAGCAGAUCCCCUAGUUGUCAGCAGGAUGACGGGACGAAACAACAAGGAAAAAAGGGUGACAUUGACCCAGUGAUGAUUAAAAGAAAACGAGUUUGUGAGGAUAGACAGACUAAAGCUCCAGGGGUGAUCUGUUAUGUGUUACAUCUCUUGAGGAGUUGUAAAUGGAGUUACUCGAUCGACUUGGUGCAGAAGUUAGAAUACGUGAUAGGAAUCCAUGCUGACAAGCAAUUUCAGAGAAAUCGGGCUGGUCAAGAGAGUAUUCUUUAG